AUGAUGCAGGAGGUGGAAGAAGAAAUUGCUGAAAUCUCUGCAACGUUGAAGAACGAUUCUGGUGAAAAGAAGAAGGAAGCUGAUGAUCUAGGUGAACUGCCUCUCUCUGCAACAUCAAACAAAGGGAAAGAGAAGAAGAGAUUAACUGUCGAUGAGAGACGCAUUAAGAAUAUUGACAAAAAGCUGAAGAAAGAGAAAAGCAAAGUUUUAGAAGCUGAGAGUACGAACGAGUUUUUGGGAGGUCUCAUUUCGUCUGAUGAAGAUGUUGAAGUCGGUAGAGGGUUCAAGUCUGGCACGGGCAAUUCAAGGGCCAAGAAACGUAAAUUGAGGGCUCUCAACAAUGCUGCUAAGAAAUUGGCCAACAAGUAA